CCACCCAGCACCUCAUAAACAGGGUCCUCCCCAGGGCUGCUGCAGUAGGCAUCAAAGCCAGGGCGCAAAAUGCCUCAGGGAGCCAAGGCUGAGCCAGGGGAGUGAGAGGGAGCGUGUGGAAGUGCGUUUUGGAGAGGCAGCUGCGCAGGCUGUCAGCAGGCUCCGGCCGCCUCUAUAGACAGCAUGACGCCAAGGGCAGUGACCUCAUUCCACAGGCUGAGUCCAGCCAGCCAGCCAAGCAUCACCCGCCAGACGAUUGACCCUAAUGGACCAACUAACCCGUAACGACCCCUCCUACCAUAACCAGUAGCCAGCCAGCCCAUAACCAGCCAACUGAUCUAUAACCAGCCACCUGACCACAGCCAAACAACCAGCCGGCCCACCAGUAGCAUUCAGCCCCUCAGCUGGCCCUGAGGGUUUGGAGACAGGUCGAGGGUCAUGCCUGUCUGUCCAGGAGACAGUCACAGGCCCCCGAAAGCUCUGCCCCACUUGGUGUGUGGGAGAAGAGGCCGGCAGGUUCGAUCCGACCGGGACAAGUUCGUCAUCUUCCUCGAUGUGAAGCACUUCUCCCCGGAGGACCUCACCGUGAAGGUGCAGGACGACUUUGUGGAGAUCCACGGAAAGCACAACGAGCGCCAGGAUGACCACGGCUACAUUUCCCGUGAGUUCCACCGCCGCUACCGCCUGCCGUCCAACGUGGACCAGUCAGCCCUCUCUUGCUCCCUGUCCGCCGAUGGCAUGCUGACCUUCUGUGGCCCCAAGAUCCAGACUGGCCUGGAUGCCACCCACGCCGAGCGAGCCAUCCCCGUGUCACGGGAGGAGAAGCCCACCUCGGCUCCCUCGUCCUAAGCAGGCAUCGCCUCGGCUGGCUCCCCUGCAGCCCUGGCCCAUCAUGGGGGGAGCACCCUGAGGGCGGGGUGUCUGUCUUCCUUUGCUUCCCUGUUUUUCCUUUCCACCUUCUCACAUGGAAUGAGGGUUUGAGAGAGCAGCCAGGAGAGCUUAGGGUCUCAGGGUGUCCCAGACCCCGACACCGGCCAGUGGCGGAAGUGACCGCACCUCACACUCCUUUAGAUAGCAGCCUGGCUCCCCUGGGGUGCAGGCGCCUCAACUCUGCUGAGGGUCCAGAAGGAGGGGGUGACCUCCGGCCAGGUGCCUCCCGACACACCUGCAGCCUCCCUCCGCGGCGGGCCCUGCCCACACCUCCUGGGGCGCGUGAGGCCCGUGGGGCCGGGGCUUCUGUGCACCUGGGCUCUCGCGGCCUCUUCUCUCAGACCAUCUUCCUCCAACCCCUCUAUGUAGUGCCGCUCUUGGGGACAUGGGUCGCCCAUGAGAGCGCAGCCCGCGGCAAUCAAUAAAGAGCAGGUGAUACAAGCAA